AUUUAAUUAAAAAUCCCUUUGUUUUUUAAUUUUUUUUUUUUUGGAGUACAACAAAAAUCAAAUUAAAAGAAAACCCUCAGAGAACUCAACCGCACUGCCGCUCCUCCCUCUUUUCACCUCAACAUAACCAGAAGCCACCCAGCAAAGCAAAGAACUUGAAAAGGAAAAAAAAAAAGGACAAAUAUGGAUGAAUUUGAUGCAACAAGCAUUUUGUUCAACAAAAUCAGAAGCUUAGAGCCAGAAAACGCCUCAAAAAUCAUGGGCUUUAUCCUCAUUCAUGACUUUAAAGAAACAGAUUUGUUGCGUUUAGCCUUAGGCCCUGAAACCCUUCUGCAAUCUUUGAUUAUCAAAGCCAAAACUGAGUUGGGACUUUCGGCUAACACUUUAUCUGCACCCACGUCACCUUCACCUAGCCCCAUUGCUCUACUGGGCAACGCGGCAAACAACAAUGUGAACAACAACCCAUUUGGUAAACUAUCUCCUAGAGUUGCCAAUGGGUUGCGUGAGUUUGCAAAAAACUCAUCUUUAUCUGACCCAAAGUCAAGUCCUUUCCUUUCUUAUGAAAACAUACGUGCAGGGCCUUCUUUGUUGCCUCCACAUCUAAAAAAUGGUGGGGUUGUUGGUGAGAGUGGUAGUGACUUUGUAGAUGAGCUUCAGUUUAAUGAUUAUCUCUCAUUUUUGGAUGAGUCAUCAAAAAAUGAGGACUUUAUUGGUGGGAGAAGUCAACUGGGUUGUGAAGGGAAGUGGAGUGGGGAUGUGAGUAACGUAGAUACCCAUUUUCAUAGAAGAAGUUUCUCAGCUAGUGAUGCAUGCUUUAGUAGUGAGGAUUCAAAUUUCAAUGUUGGUUAUAAGCCUUGUCUUUACUUUUCUAGAGGCUUUUGCAAGAACGGUGACAAUUGCAAGUUUGGUCAUAGCCAUUUUGGUGAGAAUGAUGGAAAUGGUUUUCUGGUUGGUUCUCCUAGCAAAAUGGAGGGUAUUUAUCUGCAACCUGAAGAUAUGAUGAGAAUGAAAGCAGCUUUGCAGCAGCAGAGAUUGGCUGCUUCACAGUUUGCGGCCGGGGUUUCGCCACCAUCGCCUUAUGACUUUCUGAUGCGACAACAAAAUGAUACCCAGAGAGUGGCUGCCACAGCACUGCUGUUAGGUGAUGAACUUUACAAGUUUGGCCAGGGCCGAGCAGGAAGGAACGACUUUCUAGCAAUGGGAUUGGGAGAGAAAGGGAGCUCAGCAAAUAGACAGAUUUACUUGACAUUCCCAGCAGAUAGCACAUUUAAGGAUGAAGAUGUUUCUAAUUACUUCAGCACUUUUGGACUGGUGCAAGAUGUGAGGAUCCCAUACCAGCCAAAGCGAAUGUUUGGUUUUGUCACAUUUUUCUACGCAGAGACUGUAAGACGCAUUCUGGCCAGAGGGAAUCCUCAUUUUAUAUGUGAUUCACGUGUGCUAGUCAAGCCGUACAAGGAAAAAGGAAAAGUUACAGAGAAGCAACAGCAGUUUGACAGGGGGAGUUUGUCACCAUGUUCAACCCCUUCUGGUGAUUCCAGAGAUUCAUAUGACCCUCUUGGAGCAAAGGUGUUCUUCAAAACACAGGACAUGCUGUUGAGAAGAAAAUUUGAUGAACAACUUGAGUUGCAGCAAGCAAUUGAAUUCCAAAGGAAAAGGUUGUUGAAUCUACAAGUGCCAAAUUUGACAAAUCAGCCUAUUAACCAUCACCAGCAUAGUCUGUCCAUCGGCAAUCCUGUCACCUUACCUGCUUAUAACGAUAUCAACCAUAAUCUCAUUCUUCGAACUGGUGGUAUCAAUCAAGAAGUCUUGGAAGGUGGUAGCUCAAAUUCCAAUGUUCCAUCAACUGUUGCAGCUGGUACAGAGCUAUAUGCUCAGCUAGAAGUGGAUGAAGCUUGUCUUCAGAAGGAUGGUUCUGGCGAUAGGAAGGAGGAAAGCUCCAACCCAUUAGGGUGUGAUUUCCAUGAACGAGGUCAUAGUAGUAGCAUCGAGCUCACUCUCCCUGAUAACCUCUUCGCUUCAACGAAAAAGCCAGCCGAGGGUAGCACACCCAACUUAUCCCCUGCCAUUGCAGUCAAAAGCACUGGAAUCUCAGCCACACCAUCUUCUGAAAUUAAUAUAGAAACGCCCAAUACUUCCGUGACUGACAUGGCUUCACAUUGAUAUUUGUUUCUUUUUCAAAUGCCAAGGUUUUUAGGAUGGGCAUGAAGCUAUCAAAAUGUAGGUAAUAAAGAAAAAUAGAAAAACAUAUACAAAGAAGAAGAAUCCUCUAAAGAUGUAUAGCCUAAUUACCUGCACUGAAGAUCAGUAGAAGCAUCAAUACAAUACUACUAACAGCAAACGCAUAUUGGAUACAUAAACGGUAGAUGAACUGAUUCAUGAGAGUAGGGUUUUUUCCCUUUUCUACUUUCUAGUUAUGUAUUUCAUUACACAGACUACAAGCCUAAACUAGAAGGGGUUAAAAACUCUUAUUACACAGUUGUAAAUACAUAGUUUUCCCCCUUUUGC